GGUGUUCGAGGUGCAAUGUAUUUAUCCAUGACUGGAGCCAUCUUCAUCACCAUCUUUGGGAAUCUUGCCAUAAUCAUUUCAAUCUCCUAUUUCAAACAGCUUCACACUCCAACCAACUUCCUGAUCCUAUCCAUGGCUGUCGCAGACUUUUUUCUGGGAUUCACCAUUAUGCCCUACAGCAUGGUCAGAUCUGUGGAGAACUGCUGGUACUUUGGAAUCACUUUCUGCAAAGUCCACUAUAGUUUUGAUCUAAUGCUUUGUUUAGUUUCCAUCUUCCAUCUUUGUUCCAUUGCUGUUGAUCGAUUUUAUGCUAUCUGUUAUCCACUGCAUUAUUCUAGCAAAAUAACCAUCUCUGUGAUAAAGCGAAUGGUAGCAGUUUGUUGGGCAGUACCAGCUGCCUUUGCUUUUGGGGUGGUUUUCUCAGAAGCAUAUGCUUCAGGAAUAGAGGGCUAUGAGAUUUUAGUUGCAUGCUCUAACUCCUGUCCGGUUAUGUUUAAUAAAUUAUGGGGAACAAUUUUGUUUACACUUGGCUUCUUCAUUCCUGGCUGUGUAAUGAUAGGAAUUUAUGUCAAAAUUUUUGUAGUAUCCAAAAAGCAUGCACUUGUUAUGAGCAACAUUCCUAAAUAUGCAAAUGAUGAAAAGCCAAAUCAACUUUUGAAGAAUAAAGAUAGGAAGGCUGCUAAAACUCUGAGUAUAGUCAUGGGGGUCUUUCUAGUAUGUUGGCUUCCAUGUUUCUUCACAGUCUUAAUUGACCCAUUUUUAAAUUUCUCUACUCCUGCAAUGUUGUUUGAUGCUUUUACAUGGUGUGGAUAUUUUAACUCUACCUGUAAUCCCUUAAUAUAUGGGUUUUUCUACCCAUGGUUUCGAAAAGCAUUUAGAUAUAUCAUAUUAGGUAAACUAUUCCAAACACACUUCUCUACUGCUAGUCUACAAACGGGAGGGUCCGAAGGGGGCAGCUCCAAGGCAGAGGGCAGGAGCAGCAUGACAGCGGGUGAAGGGGCAACUGAAGUGCCAGAGCUUGAUGGAUUCCUGACCAAACCACUGAAAACGUGA